AAUGAGCGACGCCAUCGGAUUCGACUCCCGUUUGGCAAUUCCACUGCUAAUGCCACCCGCGGCUUCAGCCGGUCCUUCCCUGCUAUAAAUCCAGUCGCAUCGCCCUCGCACUAGUCGCAGUCGUUGACAGCUCAUUAUUACGAUCCGAAGAUCCGACGAUCACCACCGCCACCAUGGCUGCCUCUCCCAAAAAACAGCUCAUCCUCAAUGCCUUCGCCAUGCAGUCACCCUCCCACCUCAACCCCGGCCUGCACCGCUACCCCCCCGACCAGGGCCACCAGUACACCUCGCUGCAGCACUGGAUCCGCGUCGCCCAGAAGCUCGAGGCCGCCAAGUUCCACGCCAUCUUCUUCGCCGAUGUGUUGGGCGGCUACGACGUCUACAAGGGCCCCGCCAACCUGGAGCCGACCAUCCCCGCCGGCGCCCAGUUCCCCAUCAACGACCCUCUCUACAGCAUCCCCGCUCUGGCCGCCGCUACCGAGACCAUUGCCUUCGGUGUCACUGCCUCCACCACCUACGACGCCCCAUAUGCCAUGGCGCGUCGCUUCUCGACCGUCGACCAUCUGAGCAACGGGCGCGUCGGCUGGAACAUCGUCACGUCAUACCUAGACUCGGCGGCGCGCAACUUCGGCCUCAACACCCAGAUCGAGCAUGACGAGCGGUAUCGUAUGGCGGAUGAGUAUCUGGAUGUCACGUAUAAGCUGUGGGAGGGUUCAUGGAGGGACGGGGCCGUCAAUGAAAGGGAUGGAGUCGCGGGGUAUGCCGACCCGAAGGCCGUCCGGCAGAUCAACCACAAGGGCAAGUACUUCAACGUCCCCGGUCCCCAUAUCUGCGAACCGAGUCGGCAGCGCACGCCGUUUCUGCUGCAGGCCGGCACCUCGUCGGCCGGGAAGGCUUUCGCGGCCAAGCACGCGGAGGCCAUCUUCCUGAACGGACAAAGUCCCGAGCUUGUGAAGCCGUCGGUCGCAAGCGUGCGGGAGCAGGCCAAGGCACUGGGGCGGGAUCCCGCGUCGAUUAAGAUUGUCGCGGGCGUGUUGGUCAUCGUCGCGGAGACGGACGAGGCGGCGCAGGCCAAAUAUGACGAACUAGUCAAAUACGGAGAUCGCGAAGGCGCGCUGGCGCUGUUCGGGGGGUGGUCCGGAUACGAUUUAUCGGGCUACACAGACGACCAGGACUUCCGCUUCGUGGAGCAACCGGCGGUGCGCAGCAUGGUCAACCACUGGGCCAGCACAGUGCCGGGCGGCGAGGGGAAGAAGUGGACCAGGGCCACGAUCGCGGAGCACCUGAUCAUGGGCGGCAACGGGUCCAAGAUCAUCGGAGGCCCGCAGGCGGUGGCGGACGAGCUGGAGCGCUGGGUGGAAGUGGCCGAUGUCGACGGCUUCAAUCUCAGCUACGCCAGCAUCCCGGAGACCUUUGACGACAUCGUCACGUAUCUGGUGCCGGAGCUACAGCGACGCGGCCUCUUCCACACCGAGUACGCGGUCAAGGGGGGAACGAUGCGUGAGAACAUGUCGGGGCAGCCGGGGCAGACGAGGCUCUCGGACUCCCAUCCGGGAGCUCAGUAUUUCUGGAAGAAAGGGGAGGAGGUCCCUCGAUAUGCAGCGGAGGAGGCCAGAGCGAACUAAAUGAUUGCAGUGAUCGGAACACAACUUGUACAUAGUUAUGGUAACUUCAGCCCAUAUGAUUUGCAUGGCGAGCAGCCACAAUUGAACCCAACAUGACACUUGCCAGACCUUGAACAAGUAACACCUCCAUUUGCUAUCCAUAUGUGCUGUUGAGAAUCGUGCCGGGCAGGGAGAGUGGCUGCGGCAGGGAGCCGAACCCCGCAAGGACCAGCCUAGUGGCUGCUGGUUAAAUGAGACUCCACUCUGAAACAUCUGGAACUGGAAGAUCCUUCGACUGUUGUCGGGAACUGUGAAACAAAACCAGUCGACUGAAGAGA